AUGAUUCGACAACCUAGCAGUGUGAUCAUCGCGGGCCCGUCGGGCAGUGGCAAGACUGACUUGGUGGAACAAUGGUUACGGUACCUGAACGUAUUUCAAGUCAAACCCCGCAAGAUUGUGUAUGCCUAUGAUCGCUGGCAACCCCGAUUCGAGCGUAUGCAAAAAAAGGAUGGGAUUCAAUUUCAUCGCGGAUUACCGGACCCCCGUCAUUUGACGCAAUGGUUUGGUCGGACGCGCGGCGGGGUGCUGGUCUUGGACGACCUGAUGGAAGAAGGGGGACAAGACAAGCGCGUGUUGGAUUUGUUCACCAAAGAUUCGCAUCAUCGCAACAUUACGGUACUGUAUUUGACGCAAGAUUUAUUCCCGCCGGGCAAAUUUUCCAAGACCAUCAAUCGCAACGCGCAUUACAUUGUGGCCUUCAAAAACCCCCGGGAUCAAACAGGGAUACGGACGAUUUUAUUACAAGCCUUUCCGGAUCGAUGGCGUCAAGUCUUGCGCCUAUUUAAACGCAUCACGGCCCGCCCCUUUGGCUAUUUGAUGUUGGAUGUACAUCCGGCGUCGGAUGAUCGCUACCGCCUGUGGAGUCAUUUAACGCCUCGAGAAGGCAAGGCGCAAGUCCACACCUUGCGGGCGGAUGUCCCUGCCGUUCGAAAACGAACUGCAACGAGAACUCGCCAGGGUCCGUCGGCAAAGAGAAGGCGGACAACAUACUGAGUUAGCCGCUCGCAUGGACACACACUCACCCGCGGGGGUAGGUUCCCCGUCGGUCCUCCGAGAUCUCAGCAGCAUGACGGACAUGGUGACCGAAUUGUCUCGACCCGUGGAUCGUGCCCGAUUGGAGCAAGACAUUGACGAUUUCAAUUUGACUUACCCGGUCAAUGUAGACGAUGCCUUGAAUGCGUUCACGCUCCCGCCCGUGGCGGGCACUGGCACGGCCCCCGCCACCACCACCACCACAGCCCCCAUCACUACCACGGCUGCCCCAACUCGUCCCACCACAUCGACCCGAACUCGUCCCACCACGACUACGACCACCAGUCGACCACGACCCGUCACGUCCACCCGAACACGCCCCGCCACGACCGCCACGACCACCACCGCCCCCUCCCGCCCCUCCACCAGCCGCCGCAGCGUCGGGGCAGGGACCAGGACCACCACCUCGACCGUGACCACCCCCACUGGACGCCCCACCAUCGCCGCCAAACAACCGCGACGGCGCCCUAGGGUGCCCUCCCCACCAUCCCCUGGUUCGUCCCCUCCGUCCGAGGAUGAGGAUGGCGAUGAUGACGAUCGACGGCGAGGAUUAAGGCGACGAUUGGAUUUGCUCAAUGAAGAUGCUCAAGAACGGGCACGAGGUCGACGGAUUCGCAACAUCACGCACACCAAUACAGUCACCACGGUCUACGAAGAGGGGGGUCGUCCCUCGGUGCGCCGCACGUCCACCCGAACCUCCAGCCCAAGUCCACCCAGACCACCCCGCCGAGGACGGGGCCGUGGCCGAGCACGCGGACGGGGCCGAGCCCGUGGACGAGGUCGUAGUAUAUAAAAACAGGGACCUUUCUUCCCCUGUCCCAAAAAUGUGUGGCCGUUGUCGACACGCGAUGGGACGCAAACGCCAACGCAGGACGAUACGACGACGACCCGCCAAACGACGACGGCGUGUGAGUCAAGUCGGGGGUGUCGCGGUCAGCAUGCCCCUAGGGAUUCUCAAAGCCGGUUAUGGGAUCACCAAAGCCAUCGGGGAUCAUCAAACCAAGCGUGCCAUCGCCAUUGGCGAAAAACGUCGACGAGAAGUGGCCUCCGGCAAACGGAAAAAAUACGCGGGGGAAUCCUUUAAUUGUUCCAUCAUGUAAAAACUAUAAAAGACCCAAGGUGUGUCCUCCCUCGGACAGAUCAUCAUCAUGCAUUGUGGUCCACGACGACGAAAACGACGCCGAACACAACAAGGGGGUAUUCUCCCACUUCUCAUUCCCGCGGCUGUGGCGGCUGCCGUCCUCAUGAAGAAGAAGAAAAAAAGAAAAGUGGGCAAGAUUAGUGCAGCCAAUCAACGACUGGCCCAACGACGGGUCCAGCGGAUGUUGACUCGAAUACCGGGUUGGGGCGGGUUUGAAACGCUGAAAAGGCUAUAAAAGAAAACACUAAAAAAGCUAUAAAAGAAACGCCUGGUUGGACACACAAUUCCCAUUGAGGAUGGUCCGUGGACCCAACGGUCGCCGACAUCGUUAUGUCCCUCGAAAACGACGCCGACGACGUGGCUUGCAACGCGGCGCUAAACUCCCGCUUUUGGCAAUGGCUCUCUCGCCUUUGUGGCUCAGGAAAUACAAACCCAGAAUCCGCUUUCGACGCCCAGACUAACCGACAACGCCCUCAACGCAAAGCCGUCACGUUUGCGUUGGAUCGGAACGACCAGUAUGAAGCCGCCUUGUGUGCACGGUGUCGAGAUCACAUGCAACGGCAUUAUCAUGGCGAAUUGUGUGGCCGGUGUGGCGCCAUUUUUACCAUAAAUAGACCUUGGUCCUUGCCUGAACUCAAGAUUCAUCAUGGGGUGGCGCAUGGAACGUCAAGCCCCGUUCUUAAAAAGUGUCUUACAAGAAGCCAAUCAACACAAACGCCAAGAAUUGUUGCGAAUGGCCAAUGCGGAUCAGAUCAAUGCUGUCAGUGAAUUGGUGAUGAACACGCUCCGUGGCACAGUGCCCCGUUCCCGACAGACCAUUACGUUGCUCAAACCUCACGCUCAGAGUUUACGCGCUAUGGCCAAACCCGCUCAUUCCGUCAAACGACGACGCGCUAUCAUGAUGGCUCAAAAAGGAGGAGCCCUCUGGCCGGAACUCUACCGAUGUUAUAAACGUUGCAUGCGCUAGACCUGACCCCUCAGUUGCACCAUGGAACCCGAGAUGGUGAGCACCACGGUGAACAACGCCCCGGCUUUUUUACAAUUACGAGACCAGUACAAACAAGAAUUGGUGGAAGAUACCCGCUUGACCAAAGCCGCUGAUUUAGCCGCCAAACAACAUGUCCUCCUGACCAGUGAUGCCCCCGAUGCUUGGAAACGGCCUCAACUCAAAGCCGUCAGCCGUCAAUUACGCCAUUGGACCAAAAAAGUGCGCCAACCGUUUGGAGCCGCUGCUGGAGGUGUGAGUGCCGCAGGGGCCACCACCCCGGGCGACGAUGAUUUCGAGGCAGGCCCGAUGCAAGCUUGGUUCACGCAAUUGGUCAAGGCCACCCAGGGUAUAAAACAAGGCACCCCGACUGGUGGACCCAGAAAACCCCCUGUCCCGCCCAAACCAAGGUUCACCCCUAGUGCCAAAAAGAAACUCAAGUUCACGACCCCUACAACUCCAUUGAGCAGUGCCGAGUUGGCGCACGAGUUGCCUUUUUCAGAGGAGCCUGGAACAGAACCUUGGGAUACCCCCAGUGAACGUGUGGACUCGAUCAAGCAAUCGGUCAAGCGCGGGAUUCGCAAAAAAGCCGCAGGUGUCGCCAAAAAGAAAGCCGCUGGUUGGGCCAAGAAAGCUUUGGAUUGGAAAUCGUGGAAAACCCCCUAA